AUGCCUCUCUACCCGGAGGACGACCUGACCACCAAAACCACCAACGGAACCAUCGCUCCCUUCCCGUUCACCUGGGACCGGAACAAGUUCAUGCUCCUGCCAAACAAGGAAGGCAAGCUCGAACUCUUCGACCGGAACCGGGUCUACCAAAUCCGGCUCGAAAGUCGAUCGUACGACGCCGCCCAGGACGUCCGCUUUUUGUUCUUUUCUCGAACCAACGGCGGAAAGCCGGUCAAAUUUACGAUUGAUCAAGUUGGGGAUUUGCCGAGUCACGGAUUUCGGAAGGAGCUGCCCACGAAGAUCUUGAUUCACGGCUGGAUGGGAAACAGUGAGUCGGACGUGGUGGAACCGUUGGCAAGGGCGUACCUUGAGAAGGGUGACGUCAACGUGAUUGGGGUUGUUUGGGCGAAGAUUUCCGGAGAUUUGAACUACCCUAAGGUGGCGUUUCGGGUUCCGAUGGUUGGGGAAUUGGUCGCUAAAAUGGUUGAUAAGCUGUUGGAGCUUGGCCAGGUCGGCGAUCAGAUCGGAAUGGUUGGCCACAGUUUGGGGGCUCACGUGGCUGGGUUAGCGGGUAAGAAGACGCGCCAGAAGGUGGCAUAUAUUGUUGGUUUGGAUCCGGCUGACUUCCUGUUUAGCUUGGAUAAGCCCCAGGGUCGGUUGUCCUCCGAGGACGCACAGAACGUCGAGGUGAUCCACUCCAACGGUGGUAGUCUUGCGAUGUUCGAAAAUAUCGGAACGGCGGAUUUUUACCCGAAUGGAGGUCGAAGCCAACCGGGAUGUGGACUGGAUUUCUUGUGGAUCUGUAGUCAUGGUCGCGCGGUAACGUACUUCAAGGAGUCGCUCAUGGCUAGGGGGUACUUCGCGAAUCGGUGCUCGGAUUUGGACAAUCUGCACAGUAAGUGUUCCUUGGGCAGGGUGGAGUUCGGGGAGAUCCACGUGCAUCCGCUGGCGAAGAAGCCACGCGGGGUGUACUACUUCGAAACCAACGAAAAGGAACCGUACUUGAGGACCAUUGCUCAGGAAGUCCCUCGUAAGCAAGGCAGUCCAACCUUGCCAAACCCCGUGGAAGGUAGUCCCAACUGGCCUAGUUCUUAUGUACUUUCUGUGCGCAGGAAAGUCACAAUGAAACAAGUGUUUAAAUAUAUCAAUUAG